GUGGGGGGUUUAUUACACAGGGCGUGGUGUCCAUCUAGCCAAUAGGAGGCCUUUGCUCGUACAAACGCUGGCCUUUAACCACCGGCACGGAUAUAAACAGACUACAAACAACAAGAACUAAACAAGCGUCAGUUCACGGCAUUGACUUUUAGGCAUCAUGGCAAACGUGGACGUAUCAAGCAAUCUGGAGCGUCAUGUUGCACGGAGAACGUUUCCUCUUCUCGCUCGCACGAAGGUCUGCCGUAACCUUUUCGGACCCGUAGACCACGAGGAGCUGCACUGUGAAAUGAAACGCAAACUCCAGGAGAUCUCCGAGCGAGACCAGAGCCGGUGGAAUUUUAACUUUGAGACCAGCUCGCCUCUGCCUGGAGAUUACGAGUGGGAGGCGAUUUCAGAGGAAACUAUGCCAUUUUUCUACAAGGAUAAAGUGCAAAAUAAGAAAGCUCGCGCCGCGGCGUCUGUUAAUGCAACAGGGGACUCAUCCAGCACUGUUGACUGUGGGUUACACGGGAUUUCCAGGAGUCCGGUAGUUCAAGAAUCCGCGGACGUCCCAAGUCGACCCACCGAGCUUAACCAGGAGAACCUCUCUAGUGCACUCAACUCAAAACCAGCUCGCGCUUCAGUCCUCAGAAACAGACGAAAGAGGUCACUCUUCCCAGAGACCACGAGAAACAGCACGCCACAAAUUACAGACUUCUUCCCGAAAAGAAAAAGGACCCUGGAGUCCAAACAGGAUGAACGCAGCUCCCUUCAAGCCGGCACAUCCACCAGCAUUGAAGUAACGCCACGUAAAACAAUAAGAUGAUGUUUGCACUUCAUGCAGCAGUCCACCUGUGUUUAUCUGCAGAGCGGAUGAAAGAAAACAAGGGGACGAGACUUUUACUCUCUCUCUCUCUCUCUCUGAAUAUAUGUAGCAAUAAUGGCUCCGCCAACAGAGACUUUGUUGCAGUGUUACAAUGUCUAAACGGUGCAAUUUUAUAUUUCUUGUAUUUCAACUGUGUAGAGGGCUAGGCCAUACUGCUCUAAAUAGCAAUACUUUUUUUUUUGUUUUUUUUUUAAAUAUACUAACUUAUUUUAUUUAUGUUCAUAAUAGUUGGUUACUCUAUUAUUUACAGCUAUUGUUAUUUUUAAUUAUUUCGGCCAUAUUUUAAGUUGUUUUAUUUAAGUUUUGUAUGCAGCAUCAUGCAAAGAAUGUUUCUGAGCCGUGUUUGUUAAAAUAUAUUCUGUAGCUCACGUUGUACCUUUGAAUCAAAGUGUAAAUUAAAUUAUAUUUUUGCUAA